CGGAAUUUUAUCCACAGCUGAUUUUUGAUUGUUUUCCAGAUUUCAUUAGGAAUGUUUCAUCGUGUGUUUAUCUCAGUUUUUAAACUAUAGCAGCUAAAUUAUAAAUUGUAUAAAGAAAAAAAUGGAGAAGCGUGAGGAAGCAUUAAGAGAGGCACUGGUAAACAACGCCGAAGAAACAUCACGAUGGGAAAGUUACAAGGAGGAUAAUAGUACGGCAGUUGUAAAUCUUAAUGAAUUUAGUAAGUUCCUCACCGUGGAUGUGAUGGUGCCCAUUGGGCGAAAAGCUUAUAUGCCAGGUCAUCUUAUCCAUACGAAUGAAGUACUUGUAGGGCAUUAUCAAAAUUAUUUCUCUAAAUGCUCCGCACAUAAGGCAAAGGAGAUAUGUGAAUACCGAAUUAAAAUGGCAGAGGAUCACUUAGAGAAAUUGAAAACUGAGCGUGACUUAUGGCAAAAUAAAUUAGAUAAGCCAUACAAUAAUGGAGCCUUUCCAAGCAUGGAUAACCAUGAAAUAAUAGAACACUAUGAUGAGGAUGAAGAAAAAAUAUGGCGUGAGAAACAUAAAGUUCGUGUGAAGCAAGCCAAGGCACGGGAGAAGGUAGAAAGAGAACAAAGCAGUGAAAAAGGCUCAGAUUCGAAUGAAACAAAGGAUUUAAGAGACAAUGAUAUAUUCAGAAUGCUUGAGGAGGCUGAGUUGAUGGAAGAAUUACAAAAUGAAUUAGAUAUUUUAGACAUAGAUGAAGUCAGUAAUGAAACAAUUAGGAAGUUAAUGGCAGGUGAUAUGAAACUACCAACAGAAAAAACACGUAUAUCUCAUAGUGAUCAAAUGGAUAAAGUACAAAAUAAAAAUGAAAUAAAUACAAGCAUUGAAAACGCAAACAAAAACAAAGAGCAAAAACUGCAAGGGAUUGUAAAAAAAAGAGAGAUAGAUACGAAUUCACUCAGCACGAAUAACAACAAUCGCUCGAAUCCAGAGUUGGUAACAGCAAGCAACAUUUCCAACGAGAUAUCCGAUUCUGAUAUGGACGACCUCCCUCGAGAAGUGCAAAUUAUAAAAGAACAGGCUAAAUUUUUACCCCUAUUGGAACAAAUUGGUUUCUAUGAGUUUCAAAUAAAAAUUAUGCGCCAAAAGCUUUUGACAUUGCCUCUAAAAACGCAGGAUGAUAUAGACCAGAAGGUGCAUAUCUUAAAUGUCUUAGAAACUUUGGAAGAAUUACUUGAAAUAACCGAAGACAGUGCUCAAGCUGAAGAGGAACAGAUAAUAAAUGACAUGGAUGUUACAACUGAAGAAAUCUCAGCUUCAGAGAAAAAAAAUAUAGCAAACGAUGGAGAGAAACCUUUGAAGCGAAGAAUUUCUUUCGCUUCACAAAAUGAGACUUUGGAGUUCCGAAAAAAUGAAACUAUUUCCGAAAUGCUACCUAAAGUGCAGCCACAAAAUAAAGAUAUAAUAAAACUAGCUGAAGACGAUUUUUGUCCUAACAGUAAAAUAUCUACAUAUAAAGUUGAUCGUCAAAAAAACAUUAUAGAUAGAGUUGAAAAGAAUUUGAGAUUCAUUAAAGAAAACCAAAGCACUAAAGAUUUCCAAUUGGUUGAUACAAUUUUAGAAUCCUCUACAGGUGGUUGUUAUACAUUGCGAAUAAACUAUCAGCAUUCAGCGGCAUCAGAAAAUGAAGUAUCCCGGAGAAAUGAAAAUUAUGAAGAUAGUUAUCCCGGCUCACCUGCCGACUUAUAUGAAGCAUAUCUAAAAAAUACAGAAAAGCAAGCUGCAAAAUCACAAAUAAUUUACCCAAACGCCUAUGCCGGAGAAGACAAAGUUAAAGUUCCGCACUUAAGGGAAAAUGAUCGCGUAAAUUUUUACGAGGAUCAACGUUUAGAGUUUUCCAAACCAACUGUAACAGAAGCCAAAUCUAUUCUACGAAAUAAAAGUGCAGUUGAAAGGGAACAACAUAAAUUGGGGCAUAAAAACCGUGUCACAAACAACAAGCAGGGACAAAAGAAGAAAGUUAAUACAAUUGUCGAUGAAGAGCAGUAUAUGAGCGCCUAUUACAAGGUAAUGAAUGAGGUAAUCGAAAAACCUAUUACAGAGCCGGAACCACUUCCUGAAUGCAAGUACAUAGAUGCACACACGCCUAAAAAACGCAUCAGCCAUUUCAAGCAAAAUCGCAAAGUAGCCGAAAAAAUUUAGUACCUACUACUUAAAUAAAUAACUAUAAGUUGUAAAAUCUCAAAUUGAACGUUUAACAGAUUGGACACUACCAAUAAAAAUGCAUUGCGGUUUCUCGCCCUAAUGUUUAUUCAUUU